AUGGCCGCGAGAGGCGUUUCGGUGCUCAAGUUCGUCGGCACCGUGUCCCUCGGUGUCCUGACAGGUCUCUCCUACACACUCACCUCCCUCACAAUCCCCGCACUCCUGACCCUCCCCUCCGCCGGCUCCGCAGCACGGGCCUUCGACAUCCUCACGACCACGGCAUCACGCCACGCCCGGUCGCUCGCCGCGGGUGUCCUCCUCGGCGCCGCCGCCACCGCGGCUCAGAGGCGGCAGCGGGAGAAGCGACAGAGGGAGCGCGAGCAGCGCGCCGCGGCUGCUCGCGCCCGCAUGGAGGCCAGCUACGAGGUACUCGGUGGGUUUGAGGCGCACAGUGAGGGCAGUGCUGAGGAGUACGAGGCUGAGGAGGCUUAUGUGAAUGGUGAGCAAGGUCAGGGCUCAGGUGGAGGUGUUCCUCCAGAAAGCAGAUCGUGCGGGGCGCGCUGUCUGGCCCUGGGGUUUCCUGCUCUCCGUGGUGGGCAUCUGGGGUGA